UAUGGCCCGUCUCAGAGUUCCGCUUGAUCUCACUCCACAUCGAACAUGAACGCCUUUACUCCGCCUCAUUAUAUAAACAGUCUCUUGAUUUAUGGGCAGACAUCUCGAAGUUUUCGUCUUGGGAUCGGCCGAAAUCAGCUACGAUAUCCUGCACAAGAUUUUAGAUGCAGCCAGAGGGAUCAAGCAACUGAUAGUGCUUGUCGAGCGUGGAUCCGACGAUCAACGACGGCUUCUCAUAGACCACCUUGACGACUCCAACACGCUGGCUGAUCUGGGAUUAUUCUUCUCAGAGGCUGUGUUUGAUGAUCUGCCAUACAACCCGGCGACAGGUAUCCCAAUUCCGGCCUUGCCCAAGGCAUAUAGACGUCAACUACGUACACUUCGGUGUUUCGUCGAUCCGUAUGCCAUCGCCUGGGAACAUCAGGAUGUGCACAACCGGGGCCGAUGUCCAGGGCUUCGACUCAGCAACGUCCAGAAUCCCGCCCCGUUGUUCACCCUCGAGCUCUACCUGAAGUACGGGGUCGCACUACCCAAUCCCGAGGCAUUCGCCUGCGCCCUGAGGCAACACCUCCCACGGGGUAUCUACGUGAAGAUCAUCGGCGCGGAUGAUAUCAUACAAUGGAGCAAGCAGUUACGUCAAGAGGUGGUCGACAGGCGCUACGAAGGUGAGGACAUGCGCGACGCGUUCAUCCAAUGGACCAACGAUCUGUUGCCACAGCCCUACAUCGCACCGAAGCGAGGAAUGACAGCGGACGAGGGAAGAUCAGACCCGCUCGGAGAAGAAACAACGCGAGGAGAAGCAGAUGGUUGUUGGUUGCAGUGAGGCAAAGCCGAUAUCGCUCGAGUCACCACCCAGGCGAUAAGCCGCUUUGCCUCAAAGUCGUUCUAUCUCCUGUAAUUCGGCAGUAAAUCGUGGAUCCAUCGGCGAAUGGCAGG